AUGACAAGAGCCCAUGAAGACUCGAGAGCUACCCCUCAUCUAGGUGGUGUAACCGCCAUCCUGGUCUUUGCGUUCACCCUUGUGGCUUUCGUGGCCGAGAGCGAGCUGACGGGAUACGUUCAAAGCAGCCUCGGAUUUCGUGUGAGUUUUUCCAAGUUCUCGAACUUCGUCGCCCAUUCAUCAUUCAGCAUAAUAUUCCCUCUGCAUCUACUCUAUCUUGUUGUAUGGACGGGCCACUCUCAUAGACGGCUCUUGAACGGACUGAGGAUCGCAAUCACGAAGCACUUGGAGCCUCCCAGCCGAAGAAGUGGUACACCUCUAUCACGAACUCCUUUUCCUACCUUCAAAUUCGUCCGACUGGUCUUCCUUAUGACCUUGGGAGUCACCAUUCCUGCUCUCAUGUGGUUUGCGGCAGUAUCGAUGGCACCGGUGGCCGAUGUGACUGCCAUCUGGAAUACAAACGCAUUCUUCGCCUACCUCAUCACUGUCCACCUCUUCAAACUCCCCUGGGAGUUCCGCAAACUCGCCGCAGUCCUGCUUGCUACAAUUGGUGUCCUCGCCGUCGUUUACGGUGGCAUACAGGAUUCUACCGAAAUGGCACCUGAAGCAGGAAACCCCAGCUCACCAAGCACGACUAGUGCCUAUACAUGGCCACUCAUGGGCGAUCUGCUGACCUUGGUCGCUUCAGUCGGCUACGGUCUCUAUCAAGUCCUCUACAAGCGUCACGCCGCACUCCCGUCUGACCCAGAGUUUGAGCCCGAACCAAGCGUUGGUGGUGGUGGUAGGGGAGUCUAUGCACAUCCUUCCAGGGCCAGCGCCACAUCUCGGGACACCCCGGAGGUUCACCACGAUGCUGUUUACCCACCGCCAUUUGGGUUCCAUGCGAACUUCUUGACGUCGGCGAUUGGGAUCGUGACAUUCUCGGUCUUGUGGAUAUUCAUACCCAUACUUCAUUUUAUGGGAGCGGAACCAUUCAGGUUUCCGAAUACGUUACAUAUCGCGUUGUCAGUCUUGGGCAUAGGCAUCACAGGCGUCGCUUUUAAUUCUGGAUUUAUGAUCCUGCUAGGAGUAUGGGGGCCCAUCAUCACAUCCGUCGGGAAUCUGCUCACGAUCGUACUCGUCUACGCGUGGGACAUCCUCAUUGGCGGUGCGGCGGAUCUCAUUACGACCUGGAGUUUGUUGGGGGCUGGGGGCAUCGUCGUGGCAUUCGGGAUCCUCGCCUACGAUAUGUGGCGAACUGCGUAG